UCCGCGUGCGUUGAUGUGUAUAUUCAGUGUGUAUGUUUGUGUGUGAUGUUAAAGCUGUCAACGUGACAAUGUUAUGUGCCAGCUUUUCAUAACAUCAACAACCCGAGACGAUGUAUUAAAACGUUUUUUUUUGUGCACUUCUUGUGGAUGCUUGAAGUUGGCAUGUGAGGGCGGGGAUGAAGAUGUUGGAUUAACCUGGUUCAAAGACGACAUCCUGCCAAGAGCAACGCAGACGUGAGAGCAAAGGGCAGUAAUCAUGAAGAGAACAGCGUAUCUAGUGAUGGUGGCCAUCACCUUGGGUUAUCUUAUCCUUGGUGCGGUGGUCUUCCACUUCAUGGAGAAGGAACACGAGAAGAACACCAAGCAUAAGUUCGCAUUGGAACAUGAGAUAUUUCUACUGAAUCACAGCUGCAUUUCACCUGAUGCCUUAAGGAAGUAUGUCCAGCAAGUCCUUGAGACCAGUGGGGAGGGCGUGUCCAUCUAUCAAAUCAUUGACAUGAAUGUGACUGCCAACUCAUCCAUAGUAGAUGACCUGGACGCUACCGGAACCAGAUGGGAUAUCCCUUCAGCCAUUCUAUUUUGCAUCACGCUCAUCAGCACUAUAGGUUACGGCAAUAUGGCGCCUAAAACAUACUCUGGUCGUCUGUUCUGUAUAUUCUAUGCCAUCAUUGGAAUUCCCAUGUUCGCCGCUGUGCUGGUUGGUACCGGAGAGAGACUUCAGAAACCUAUCAAAGUGAUCCACAAUUACAGACCGUGGAUCAAGAACAAUCCUUCCAGAGACGAGCAGCUCAAGUCCAUCGUCUUUUUAUUAAUAGGUGUAUGUAUAAUAGUAUUCAUCCCAUCCUUGACCUUCAUGUAUACAGAAAGCUGGAGCUAUCUACAGGCUGUCUACUAUACAAUUAUAACUCUAACUACUAUAGGAUUUGGAGAUUUUGUUCCAGGUUAUUUUGACAAGCCAGCGAAAUUUGGUGCUAAGACACACAAUGCCUUUAGAAUAUGUCUGGGUCUUUGGAUUCUGCUGGGUCUUGCCUGGGGAGCUCUCAUACUUAGUGAGAUAGGAUCCAUGCUACAGACAAGAAUCACCACAGCAGCCAAUCAAACACAGAAUAAACUCAGCCACUUGGAAGGUAUCGUCAAGAAGAAAGCCCAAGCUACCAAGGCUAAAAUUAUCAAAAGGGACAAAGAAAAGGAUGAGCUGACGGGGAAAGAGACCAAUGGCUCCGUGGAUGUGGAUAUUAAAGUAACGGAUUCUUCCGAUGGGGAGGACAGAGAUGACUAUAACCCAACCAAUUCUGACAUGGAAUUAAAUGCUUAGAUCCAACCAACUUUCAAUGAAACAUUAUAGAUGCCUAAUUCUUUAUUAAUUUUUUCCAUUCCCGUUGUAAGAAAUACUGCAGAAUUAAACUCUUAUACAGACUGAAAUAUUGUAUAUAUACCGUCCAUUAAUUAUAAUUAAUUAGUAUAAUGCCACAGUACAUUUUGUUUUCUAAUAUAAAAAUGUAUUUAAAUUGACAUUUCUUUCUUGACUGAGCUCACAUUGCAGGGAGAGAAUUAGAAAAACAAAAAAGUCUUGUGUCUUUAAUCCAUUUGAAACUUUAAUGAAAGAUAUUAAAAACAUAAGUAAAUUAUAUUGACCACAGUAUUCACACAUUAAAUUUAAAAUCAGCAAUACAGUUGUCUAAAUGUAUUGAUAAUUUAAUUUUGUGUUCAUGUAAUAUGUUUAUAGCACUGAUUAUAAGUAGUAAAGUAUAUCUAUACCUGCUGCUCAGCUGACAUAAAAGAAAUUAUACACACAGUAACCUGGAUAGCACAUUGAAUAUUUAUGCGUUUAAAUAUUUUUGUUAAAAAAUUUUUUUCUUUUCUUUUCAAUUCAGAACUGCACUUCCUUAAAUGUUUUUUUUUUCAUCAAUUUUCUUUUUUUUUUUCAGCUCAUUUUGACAAGAAAAUGUAGAUAUACAUUGUACUAUUAAUUAAUGUUUUAUGGCUGUCUUUGUUGUUUUUAUGUAAGAGAGAUGUAAUUACCUUCAAAUCACUUUGUCAUUAUCAACAUUAACAAGUCUUAUACAUUUUUUCAUGAUUAUAAUCUAAAUCUUUUUUUUUUUGUUCACAUAUCAGACUAAUGGAUGUUUGAAGCAGCAGUGGCUAGAGAAGCUUCAUUUAUUGAUACAUAUCAAAGUUCAUAAAUUAUUUUGAAUUUUCUCUUUCUUAAUUUAGAAAUUGGCUUAGUCUGUUUCUUCAGAGAUGAAGAUUAUUAUGUCUUAGCCCAAACCUCCUUCUGGAUGGUAGAGGAUGAAGCCGGGCAUGGUUUGAACCUGGGAAUAUCGA